UUUCUUUGAGAUGCUCAUCUCUCGCCGGUUUCUUCAUUCUUCUUUUAAUCGUUUGAAAGAUUAUUAUAAAAUACUUGGUGUUCCUAAAUCAGCAAGUGAUUCUGAAGUUAAAAAGGCUUAUUAUCAGUUGGCAAAGAAGUACCACCCAGACGUUAACAAAGAAAAAGGUGCUAGUGAAAAAUUUCAAGAGCUUUCAGAAGCUUAUGAGGUUUUGAGCGAUUCGAAGCGGCGUUCUGAAUAUGACAAUUUUGGUUCGCCAGGUUCUGCUGGACCCCGGGCGGGCGCUGGUGGCAGUCCUGGUCAAGGAGGAUUCGGCGGAAGUUGGGAAUUUCGUUCAGGGCGUUCGGCUGAACAAAUAUUUCGUGAAAUCUUCAGAGAUUUUGAUCCUUUUGGGAAAGGUGGAUUCUCCACUAAUUCACGCGGUCAAUUUGCUGAAAGUAGUUAUGGAUUUGAUGCGGCACAGGAAGCUGCAGUUAAUAUCACAUUUGAGGAGGCGUGUAGAGGUGUUCGUAAAGAUUUGAGAAUAAAUGUUGUCGACGCUUGUGGCGCGUGUAAAGGAACGGGAGUUGAGCCGCCAUAUAAAAAGGUUUCUUGUCCUUAUUGUAAUGGUACUGGAAUGGUAACUCAACAUACACAAGGAUAUUUCAUUCAAACAACUUGGUAUCUACUUAUAUAUCGAUCCUAUAAAUAAAAGCACAAAUUAUAAUUAAGCUCUCGUUGUGGUGGGCAUGGAUCUUAUAAUAAAAAUCCUUGUAUUGAAUGUGAGGGGCAUGGCCAUUCUGUUCAGCAAAAAGCUUUUACAAUUGAUAUACCCGCUGGGAUUGAUAGUGGACAGAUUUUGCGUACACAAGUUGGAAGGUCAACAAUUUAUGUUGUUGUCAACGUUUCACCUUCACGAAUACAUCGACGUGAAAGUGAAAACAUUUUUACUGAUGUUGAGAUAACUUUUACUCAGGCAGCAUUAGGUGGUACUAUCGACGUGCCUGGAAUUGUUGGGACAUCGAAAGUGCAUAUUCCGGCUUGUACUAGUUCUCAUACACAAAUGUGCCUUAAAGGGAAGGGAAUUAAACGGCUUGAUCAGCCUGGUUAUGGAGAUCAAAUUUUGAACAUCAAAAUUGGAAUGCCCAAGUGGGGAAGAUUUUUUAUAGACAAUUAUUUUUAUAUUAUAAAUUCCUUGACACUUAUUUUAAUAAUAUAUGCAUAUAUCAAGGGCGUAGC